AUUUCAGAUUAUGUUUCCAUUUCUGUUUCUCUUUCAAUUUCUUUUUCUAUUUUUGUUUCUCUUCUUUCUGUUUCUCUUACCGUUUCCGUUUCUAUGUCUGUUGCUGAAUCUCUUUUGGAUUCUAUUCUAUCAUAUGUUUCUUUUUCUUUUUCUGUUUUUGUUUAUGUUUCUGUUUCUAUUCCUCUUUCUGAUUCUGAUUCUGUUUCUGCUUCUGUUUAUGGUAAUGUAUCUGUUUCUGUAUCUGAUUCUUUAUCAGUUUCCCUUUCUGUUUCUGUUUCUGAUUCUGAUUCUGUAUUUGUAUCUGUUUCUGUUUAAGUUUGUGUUUUUAUUCCUUUUCUGUUUCACUCUCAGUUACAAUUUCUGUUUGUAA